AUGAAGUGCCUUCUUGCUCUCGUCGCAAUUUUCAACGCUCUUGCCACCGGAUCAGCGUCUCUCGAUAUUUUAGACGCACCGUAUGCCGCUGCCUCAGGAUUAUCGUCUCCCGAUGCCGUUCUAACGCUUCCACCACAGCCUGCGGGUGAGUCUCUGAGUAGUUUCUUGGACCAGAUUUUUCCUAUAAACAUGGGGAACUCCUCCAAUAAUACAAUUACCGCCGGUUCAAAGAACAAGAGAGCUUAUGCUAGUGCCGAUGCAACGGGCCCCUACACUGAUUCAUACGGCCUUCACCAGUCAUGUUGGGACGAUGAUACGGGCUCGGGGACGACUACCUACAACAUCAGCGUGGACUUUUCUGAAUGCGGUACUGGCCUUAAACUUGGUACUGACAUAGGCGUUUACACAUUCACCAAUGGCACAACGACCAACAACACCGACCUUCGCGACAUGGUUGCCGACUUGUAUAUGUUGCGACAUUCGAGGCAAAAUCCCAAUCCAAGAUAUGCCAAUCACACAGCGGUGGUCGCCCAGCUAGCCAUAGAAGAAGCAAAUCCUCUCUUAAAUAGCGGCCUCAUCUGUCGAAAUACUUCAAGCACAGGCCAGACUGAAGCUAUAGUCCAUGACGAGCUCCGACAUCUCCUUAUGAACACCCACAGCUAUUGGACGGCCGUCUUUAUCAGCGCAGGAAGCGGUGCCGCCGUCGGCGGUGGCGUCGCAGCCGUCGCCGAUCUCGUCUUCAACGGCAACGUCACAAAUGAGAACGUCGUUCAAACAGCUAUCGUCAUUGGAUCCGUUGUCAUCAUUGGUGGAAUCCUAACCCGCUGCGACCAAGCCGGCCGCCUGGAUGGAGCCGAGAACGUAGUCUCAAAUGUAAGGGAAUUGGUCCCGCAAGGUCGCGAGGCUAUUGUCCAGAACGUCUACAUUUCUUGGGCUCGCCGGCAAAUGCAAAGGAUAGCCAGACAGCAGGUGGAAGAGGCUUUGAGUGAGGCCGGCGUCGGCUCCAUUGCCGGUUCAGGGGCUACGUCACCCCAUACGCCAGGCUCUAUUUCUUCAAUUCCUGGUUCUCCUGGCUCUGGGUUUGGAGAUACCUGCCUUUCGGAAUUGGAGGCCGGGCAAGCUGGUAGCGCCAUAGGAGAAAUGAGCGAUGUGACCUUGGAUCUCGAGCCUAUCCAGGAAGUUCUCGAGAAAUUGGGAUCGCGCGAUGAACAAGGUGGCUGCAGUUCUACAUAG